AGUCGACACUUCGUAGAGGGCAACGUGGCCGCGUUUUGAAUGACCAAGUCCAGAAGUUUUAUUUCGUGUACAACAAAGUUGCUAGGAAUUUGAUACGUAUCUGUUUUUUGUGGCAGUAGGUUAUGCGCUUGUUUCAAGAGCACUAUCACUAUGCUGCUGCGUGAGAACUGAAAUUGGGAGAUUUUUGCUUUGCUGAUUUCCACGGUUACUUCUUGCAAAAGCUAAAAAAUGGCCUUGUUUCGUCCGUCGAAGAUACUGAAAACGGCCCGCCUCGUACCUGUGCACGACCAGAGCCGGCGGCACUUUUUCCUGUCUCUCGUGUGUGGGCUGAGGGCCGCGAGGAGCCAAGACGUUGACGCGGGCACACGGGAGUGGAGAAAAACGGUGGAGGAGUACUAUUCUUCUUCUACUUCGAAAUCUAUUGGCACAAAACAUAGCCGUGUCGUCGGUGGUGUUCGCCCAGGCGACGAGAACGAAGGCAUGCCAGCAUCACAAACACGCCCUUUCGGCGCACUGGAAUCGGAUCGGAGAAAAUCGCGGAGUGAGAGCGCUGGUCGUGGUGCCACCGCUUUUGUGGACCAGGAGAAGCGACUUCUAGAGGAUCAGGCAGCAGAGGAACCACCUGCGCAAGGAAAUGUCCUGGGUCCAAAAGCCACCUCCCUCCUGGAAGAGGCCACGGGACGUCGCAAAGUGGAACGCGAGGAGAGGAUCGGCACAGAAAAGCUAAACUGGGGGCACGGGGGGCACGGUCACGGUCACAGUCACGGCUCCCUGCACGGUCACGCGUACCGACACGGUCACGGCUACCUGGGAAGUAGUACAACUCAAGACGAAGUGAACAAUUUUGACACCGACCACGACCCGGACGAGCCCUGUUGCUUCGUGUAUGACCCCGGUCUGCGGUACAGCAACGUGAACAAGCAGGGAGAGGAGGUCGACGCCUACUACCUGCGCGAGACCGUCCCGAGCCUGGAUGCGGUCGAGAGCACGGGACCGAAGUACCUGGCCCUCCCGAAUUGCGAUGCCUACGGCGAGCGAGACCUCUCGUCGCGCGGCGACCACGACCCGCUAGACGACCUGCUCCCCGACGGCGUCGAGCUGCCGGCCAAGUUCGUCGGGCGCAAGCCCCGGGGGUGCCCCGUUUCGGACAAGGACGCCAUGCAGUGGCUGAUGCACUCGCUGAACGAGCAGGCGUUUGUGUUCGACCGCCUGGAAGUGUGGUCCAAGCACGCGGACCACAUCUUCAUGGCGCUGGAACGGGAAGUGGUCAAUGACAGCGCGGGGGUCUGCUGCUUCGUGUACGUGCACAACCUGCACAUGCUCGCCGGGAGUUCGAGCGACCACGACCCGCGUUCCCCCGCGCUCCACGAGCAAGAGAAGAAAGCCACCUCGGGUUCCGCGUGGCAGAUUCCAUGCAGCGCCGUGGCCGUUUUGGGGGGCCCCGAGUGGACGCCCUUCGGGGGGAUCGGCUACCAGCACCGGUUUGCCGGCGAAGGCCACUGUCCGCAAACCUUCGAGGAGGCCGGGCGAGCGCUGAUCGCGCUGACGGCCCGCGUGCCGGGCGAAUUCGACUUUUUGCGGCACCGAAACUUCCGCGAGUCGUUGGAGGAGAGUGGGCCGCAUUACUACUACAGCAGCAGCACCGAUGAUGAAGAUGUAGAGAUUGAGGAGCAAGAAUUUGAUGCGGCUUCCAAGGACGAGCUGGAUUACGAGGGUGUGGAGGUUGUGCACAACGUCACCCGCGAAACGCAACACUUGCGCACGCCCAAAGGCGACAAAGGGACCAGCAUAUCGCUCCGGAUUGCGACGCGAGAGAAGGUGGCUCCGGAGCUGGCGGUGCGGAAGGAAGCCCGGCUGCGCGUACAGUUGAAGCGCCCCCUGGACUCCCGGAUCUACGGGCACUUGCUAGGCACGACGGGAAACCGAGGUCCGUACGAGAUUUAUUCUUCCGUACGGAACAUCAAAAGCGCGGCGAGCGGAGAAGAUGUUGAUCAUGCCGGUCUAGCGCCGCUGCCGCGUCCCGUGCCGUUGGCGAUUCCCGACCACGACCGCGCGGUGGAGGAGAAUCCCAAUCCCUACAAUGACCGCAUCACUUUACCCAUUAGUCACAUCGAGCGGGAGCAGCAAAGGCUCUGCGAGGUGGUCAAGUACGGCAUCGAGUACGACGACCAGCAUUUCGCGCCUUUUGUGGACGAAGCCGCCGGCUGGCAAUUCGGGAGCUCGUCGGGGUGCGUGGAAGACUGUCGCGCGAAGUGCUUCGAAACCCACGGCUGCACCCACUGGACCUUCAUCGCGUGGGAUUGGACCCCGAAAACAUUUUUCAGCGACUUGAGCACGCCGUUGCAGAACUGCUUCCUGAAGAGGUUCGCACCCGACGAGUUUGGGGAUUGGGGGCAUCUGCGGCACCGGGAAAGCGAAGUCUUUGCGUACGACAGGUUCCGGGACGGGGGCAUCGAGUUGCAGCGCAACUUCGAGUAUCAAAUGUAAAAGUGUCUGGGUCGGGAAACUUGUGAUGCUGGGUGGCGGCUCAUGAUGAGGCUACGAAUACUGGCUCAGCAUGACAAGUUUCUGAGCUCCUAGGUGUUGCCUAUUCUGCAUGACAAACUGCAGCGCUGCAUCACAGAAAAACGGAGCUCUUGGGUAACGUGCAUGACAGAUUCAAGAGCCAUGCCAGACAAGCAUGACAAACAUGAAUUCUUCCAGACCCAGACACUUUUACAGUUGAUAUCGAGACUACUCCCAUAGCUGCCAAGGAGCAGGACCCGCUCCUGGUCGGGGUCGAGGACGAAACGCUGCACGGCAUCUACCUGAACCCCAACCACCGAAGCGCCUCGGGGGUGAGUUGCAAGCCGUACACCUACAACGCGGGGGUGUACAAAAAGAAUGCGCUGAUCGGUAAGCGGCAGCGCCAGCAGCUGAUUCCCCACGGCUUCCCGUUCGACAGUAUACCCUUCCCGGAGAUCGAGCACCGCCUCGACUUGAACUUCGUCCGUUUCAAGUAUUGGCUCAACAACCAAGCGGUGGAGGCCUUGCAGCCCGGGCUGGUCGCGGAUCAUGUGGGAGGAGCAUCAGCGCCAGCGUCUGUUUUGGAAAACGCAAAAAUGUUGCCAUCUUCGGCAUUUCUGGCACGGGAUACCCCAAGCGCAAAAAACAACUACUGGCGGUUCUCCCAUCGCGAAGCGCCCACGCCGGAGCUUCAUGCCAUCAAGCGCCGGCAAAGAUGCAGCUUUUGCAUGACAAAUUCCUAG